AGGGUGUCAUCUGUGCUGACUUCACUCUGCAACUUCUGCUGUCACAACGGACACAACAAUGGCAGACUCAAAGAUCCAAGCGUGGAAGUUUUUAAAGAUAAUUGUUUUCACUUUCUUUAUCACAGUAUUGCUGUUAUUCACUUCGGCAACAAUCCGGACUCUGUCUCUGGACGUAAAUGUCGGACUUCAACUCGCACGCUGGGAAAAGUCGAACAAUAUCUCCCUGGUGAUUGAUCAACAUCAGAGAGAGGAGCUUCUAGCCAAAUUUAAAGAGGCGCUGAGGAUCCCCACAGUGUCAUUCUCUGAGAAGGAGAGCAACACCACAGCUCUGCGUCAGUUUGUCACCUUCCUCCGCAAAGCCUUCCCCACCGUUUUCUCCUCAAGCCUGGUUCAUCAUGAGCUGGUGGCAGAUUACAGCCACCUGUUUCAGGUGCAGGGAUCUCAGCCUGACUUGGUGCCAUACCUGCUGCUGGCCCACAUUGAUGUAGUACCUGCCAGAGAGUCAGACGGCUGGGAGGCGCCUCCCUUUUCUGCCCAAGAGAUGGAUGGCUUCAUCUAUGCAAGAGGGACCAUAGAUGAUAAGUGCGCUGUAAUGGGAAUACUUCAAGCAUUGGAGUACCUGCUGCUUAGAGGCUAUGCUCCACGUAGGGGAUUUUACAUUGGUUUGGGACAUGAUGAAGAGAUCAGUGGUUUCAAUGGGGCAAUGAACAUUGUACGUUUGAUGAAGGAUCGUGGUGUGAAGCUGUCAUUUGUCCUGGAUGAAGGCCUGGCUGUACUUGAUGGAGUAAUCAGUGGACUUGAUGGACCUGUAGCUCUAAUUGGGGUAAGUGAAAAGGGCUCAGCCAAUGUGAAGCUUAGUGUGUCUAUGGCACCUGGUCACUCCUCGAUGCCUCCCAGGGAGUCCAGCAUUGGGAUCUUAGCUGCAGCUGUCAAAAGACUUGAAGACAACCCUAUGCCGAGGUUAUUUGGUUAUGGUCCAGAACGUGAUACCUUUGAACAUCUGGCCCACAAGUUUGGUCUUCCUCUGAAGUUCAUAAUGUCAAACUUAUGGCUCUUUUCCCCACUCCUUGGCAGAGUACUGGAAAUGAAGCCAGACACUAAUGCUUUUGUAAGGACUACCACAGCCGUGACAAUGUUUAAUGCAGGAACUAAGUCCAACAUCAUUCCUUCGCUAGCAGAGGCUACUGUAAAUCUACGAAUCCACUCUGCACAUUCACUACAAGAGGUCUUAGACUUUAUCCAGGAUACAGUUGGGGACCAACGAGUGAAAGUAGAGCUUAUUGAUGGAUUUGACCCACUCCCCAUUAGCUCUUCUGAUGAGCAAUCCUUUGGCUUUCAGAUCAUAAAGAAAACAGUUUUGGACAUGUUUCCCAAACUUACAGUUGCUCCAGGUAUUUGUGUUGGAAACACAGACAGUCGACAUUUCAAAGACCUGAGCAGUGAUAUUUAUCGCUUUGCUCCAGUUUGGUUUAAACCAGGUGACGUUCAAAGGUUUCAUGGGAUAAACGAAAGAAUUUCCAAAAAGAACUAUGAGGAGCUCAUUGUGUUUUAUUUUAAUCUGAUUCAAAACUGUGACAUUAAGAAGCUUCCUGAUCCACACAGCUCUGUUCAUGAACUCUAAGCAGCUAUUUAGCUGAAUGCUUUAUUAUAUCCUGAGUUUACAAAUGAUGCAAAAAUAAUUUUACAUGAACAUUACUGGGUUGACUUGAAGAUUGAAAAAAUAAAUAAUUGCAUUUCUGUUGGUCGAGUCAGUUGAAUUGAGGUGUUUUAAAUGGGCUCUUGGAUGAACUUGUAGUUCAAUUUAAAAAAGAAAGGUUUAUGAUCUUUUGUUUUUGGAGGAGUUUGAUCAAACAGAUGACAUUGCUGCUGUGAACUAAUUUUAAAUAAAAAAAAAAUGUGAGAGCAUUACUUAUAAAUUACAUAAUGUUACGCUGCUUUACUUUGACCAAAGACUUGUACAAUCCACUGAAAGAACUAUUCAUUGAGUUAUGUAUUGAUUUACUCUGGAAUGAACUGAGAUUGCACUAUCUAUUACUAUGCUUAUGUUAUAAGUUUAUUUAAUUUCUAAUUAUGAGCAGAUUUUCUUGUUAUUUUGUUUUUGUUUAAAGAGAAAUUUCCCAAUGUAUCAAUAAAAUACAAUUUGAGUUUGCAAAAGUAGGUUUAUUUGCUUUCUGUGGAGUAUUUGUCAGAUAUUGUAUAAUGAUGCUAAUGCCUUAAAAUACAUAUUAUGAUUGUUUUUAUUUUAUUUUUUCUACCAUGAUACUUUCUUUGAAAGAUUCACUACAUGCUUUAGUUCCCCUCAAAAAAGUUUGGUAUUUGGAAAUGUUCUGUUCAUGACCCAUGUUAAAACCACAUAUUAUACUUGAUCACGUUUUUGUACGUUUAUCAUUACCAGUUUGCUGUGUUGUUAUGCAGAAAAAAAAAUCAUUGUUUAUGGACUCCUUAGAAAUAAAGAUCAGUUAGAAUUGGCU